ACGCCCCUCUCCCGCCUCUACUUCCGCUUCCCAGAAGCUGGGAGCGUGAGCAUUUCCGGGAGCGCCGCGUGGAUCCGGGGUGCUGGUGAGCUCUCAGCAUGGCGGUGUUUUCUGGUCCUGCCGCGCCAAUUCUGUCUCUGAACCCCCAGGAAGAUGCUGAAUUUCAGAAGGAGGUGGAGCAGGUUCGGCGUCGCCUGACCCAGCAAAAAAACCAAGAGCUAAAAAAGAAAGAAGAACUUAAGCCUGGAGUAAUUUUUGUGGGUCACCUACCUCCAGUACUUUUUGAAUCCCAGAUCAAAGAAUAUUUCUCUCAAUUUGGGAAUAUUACAAGAUUCAGACUGUCCAGAAGUAAAAGGACUGGAAAUAGCAGAGGCUAUGCCUUUGUGGAGUUUGCAUCUGAGGAUGUUGCCAAGAUAGUGGCUGAAACGAUGCACAACUACCUCUUCGGUGAAAGACUCCUGGUCUGUCAUUUUAUGCCACCAGAAAAGGUACAUAAAGAUCUUUUUAAAGGCUGGCAAGUUCCAUUUCAUCAUCCAGUAUACCCAGCAGUGAAACGGUAUAAUCAUAAGCGGACACUUCUACAAAAGUUGCGGAUGGAAGAUCGAUUUAAAAAGAAAGAAAAAUUACUAAGGAAGAAAUUAAUUGCUAAAGGAAUUGAUUAUAAUUUUCCUUCAAUGGUUUUAUCUACCAAGAAGAAAGAGGUUUCAGACAAAAAAGAGAUUUCUCCCAAAAAGAAUAAGGCUUCAGGCAUACCUAAGAAGAAGAAGAAAAGGGUUUCAAAAGGCUCUCUUGUCACUCCUGAUAAGACUGUGGAUAGCCAGAGCGCCACACCAGUUUGUACACCAACAUUUCUGGAGAAACGAAAAUCUGAAGUGGCUGAAAUGAAUGAUGAUAAAGAUGAUGAAAUAGUCUUCAAACAGCCUGUAUCCAGUGUAAAGGAAACACCAGAGACUCCAGCACCCACUCGUUCAGGGAAAAAAAGACAAAGGCGAAGAAAAAGCAAACAGUGAUUUUGAAUGUAUUCUGUGCAGCAUAUCUUAAAAGAAAUUGUGAUUUGGUGUAAAGGCUGACUCCUGUAUUACACUAGAUACAACCAAAUCAACUAUUAAGACUUUCAGAGGAAAAACAUACUGAUUGUUCCAGGUCUGUAAGGAAAGCAGUGAGUAAUUUUGGCUUAUCUGUCCUUGGUGAGAUCUGGGGAGCAUUGCAGCCUGCAGUACAGGCUCAUAGUGCCUUUGUCCUGGUCUCCUACUUUUGUGUUUAGCGCCCCUUGGUUUACCUUGUCUAUAUGUCACUGUUGACUGCAGGUUGAAGUACUGAAGGGUUGUGGCCUUUUGCCACCAGCAAAUAAAGUUCACCAGUCUUGCUUGACCAUCUG